CCCCGCCGCGGCGAGUGGACCACGGCCCGAGCGGAGCGGUGCGGGCUGUGGGUCGCCACCGCUACAGGGCCCUCCUCACCCUGUGCGGCCGGAGAAUCCCUAAAACCGUGUCUGGGAAAUCCGUGCCCACUGAGCUCGCUGCUUCCAAACCGUAAAGACCUUAGUAUUUGGUUAAGUUGGAUGAAACAGCAGAAAUGGACCAAUUUUGACAAGAUGUAGUGCUGUGGUGUGCCUGAUGGGAUAUGUUCAGUCAUGGCAUCUGAACUUUGUAAGACGAUCUCUGUGGCAAGGCUGGAAAAGCACAAGAAUUUGUUCUUAAAUUAUAGGAAUCUGCACCAUUUCCCAUUGGAGUUACUGAAAGAUGAGGGGCUACAGUACUUGGAGAGACUCUAUAUGAAAAGGAACUCUCUCACAACCUUGCCAGAAAACCUUGCUCAGAAGCUCCCAAACCUUGUGGAACUGUACCUUCAUUCAAACAACAUAGUUGUGAUUCCAGAAGCUAUUGGGUCCCUUGUAAAACUCCAGUUUUUGGAUCUUAGUGACAAUGCCUUAGAAAUUGUUUGCCCUGAAAUUGGUCAUCUGAGAGCUUUACGUCAUCUCCGAUUAGCUAAUAACCAGCUGCAAUUCCUACCUCCAGAGGUUGGCGAUUUGAAGGAGCUGCAGACACUAGACAUUUCUACCAAUCGUUUGCUAACUUUACCCGAGAGGCUUCACCUGUGCCUUUCUCUGCAGUACCUCACUGUGGACCGAAAUCAGUUACGGUGUGUGCCGCGCCAUCUCUGCCAGCUGCCCAGCCUCAAUGAACUCUCCAUGGCUGGAAACCGUCUCGCAUUUUUGCCACUUGAUUUAGGUCGAUCUCGAGAGCUGCAAUAUGUGUACGUGGAUAACAACAUUCACCUAAAAGGCUUGCCAUCCUAUCUGUAUAAUAAAGUCAUCGGGUGCAAUGGCUGUGGUGCUCCCAUUCCAGUUCCCGAGGCGACGCCGCUUUCCUUUUCAUCAGGGCAACUAACCGUUUUCCUCCCUGCUGAGGUGAAGGCCGUGGGGACCGAGAGUGAUCACGUCCUGCCUCUGCAAGAGCUGGCCAUGAGGAGGCUGCAUCACGCCUAUCACCGUUUUCUAAAGGAUUUGAACUUUCUGUCUCCAGUGUCAUUACCCAGAAGUCUCCUGGAGCUGCUGCACUUCCCCCUGGGGCACUGUCACCGCUGUAGUGAGCCCAUGUUUACAAUCGUCUACCCCAAGCUCUUUCCCUUGAGAGGGACACCGAUGGCAGGGCUGCACCAGGGGAGGACAACUGUUAGUUUCGUGGCUUACUGCUGCUCCACCCAGUGUCUGCAGACCUUUGACCUACCAAGUUGAUAGACACUCAAGAGCCUCCGGAGUGUUGCCAGCUUCACGCUGCAGUCGCCUGCAUAUCGCAUAUGGUUUGUGCAGCAGAAGGAUAGGAUAGUCCCACCAAGAGAAACAGGCCCUUACAUCCUGUCCUGUCAAAUACGGGAGACUGCAGAACUCUCUGGAAAUGUCAUGAUUGAGCCUCAGAGCUAAAAUGCCUUCCCCCUUUCCCCAAGUUGGAAUAUAUCCUCCCGAAAAUUAAGGA